GACGUCACUUCCGCUUUCAGGUUGACAGCAAAACAACAGAAGCACGAGCGAUAAAAGCAGAGAGCGAGCGGAAACAUCUGGGACGACUGUAAACAAGAUGAAGGUGAUGACUUCACAGCAGGGGGUAGAAGAGGAGAACAGCUUUUCUCCAGCUGAGCCAGUUGAAAACAAUCACCUCAUUGAAGAGGAGGAAGUCCCCCCUUACCUCCAAGAGGAACACUCCCAUGACACAGAUAAGGACCACCCCAGGGAAGAAGGAGGAGUUGUGUGGAGAGUGGGCGGCGGCCUGUUCAGCAUGACACGAAGCGCCGUUGGUGCAACCCUGGGGGGCGUUGCGUGGGUAGGAACUAAAAGUUUUGAGCUGACCAAGACAGCUGUGACCAGCGUGCCGGCAGCCAGCGUGGGAUUGGUCAAAGGGAGCGUCUCCAUGGUUACAGGAGGUGUCGGAGCAGUGGGAUCUGUGGUGGCAAGUAAAGUCACACCAAGGAAGAAGGACAAAGCUGACUGAUGGACAGUGGGCUGUGUGUGUGUGUGUGUGUGUGUGUGUGUGUGUGUGUGUGAGAUGCAGUGAGAGCAAAAUACCUCGAAUGCUUCGAAUGGAUUUUCAUCACAGCAUGUAUUCACUCAUGCAGCUAUAAAGAUACAAGAGCAGCAGUCAUUGUCAAUCUGGAACUCACUGCACAUGGCGUUGAGAAGUUGCGAAAUGUUCAGUUUUACUUAAAUGUCCCAUGAUGCAUGGGAGCAACGUUUCAGAUCGUCACAGAAAACAAUCAGAGAUUACGUGAGAGACAGAUUGCUUUGUAUCUGCAUGCCUGAACACAGAGUGACACACAGUUCCUUUGAACUCAACUCGAGUUUAAACGUUUCGUUAAGAGUUAUAUUAAAGUAGAUGAUCUUUGUGUUUGAGUUUGGGAUCACAUGGUAUACCUGUAAAUGGACUGGUUAGGUAAGAGUGCUACAGAUCUAGUGAGAAUCCAGAAUGAGUGAUUCAGCUCUGCGUGCAUGUUACUGCUCAGUUUGUUAUUUUCUGUUACAUGGUCAGUGUCGUGAAACUUACAACAUGUUUACUUUCACUUUGCACAACCUAAGUCUUCAUCUUCAUCAAUCUCAUGAAUCCUUUCUUACGCUGCUUUUUGUGAGAUUAGGGUCUGAUAGGAAUUCAUGACCUGACAGCAUACAGCAAUCAAGACAACUGGACGGCUAAAUACUGUGAGCUAUAACAAGACAAAGUGCUCUGAUAUCGAAGACACCUGGCAAAGAAACACAAGGGAACUAAGUGUGAUGAGUUCACUCUAAAGACAUCAUUAGCGGUCAGUGUUUGGUGGUGCCAGUUAGUUCAUUUCAACUAACUGCUUAAUAGAUAGGUUCUUAGCUACCCUUAGUCCUGCACCCAUGAGUCAGAUAUUUACAACUGCCAGGGAGGUUUUGUUUGCAGCCCUGUAUUCAUGUUUGUUCUUUGCUUUUCGGUUUGUCUUUAGCACAAUAUAUCAGAAAGGAAAGAGAAAAUACAGCCUUACAAAUAGAUUUUUGAGUUUAAAGGUUUAAUAGACACCAAAAAAGUGCACAGCGGAAGUACUUUGGAACCGAAAGCAUGGCGACAAUCAUUUUGUCCCUGAUCUUGAUCACAAGGUAAACAGUAGAAUUGUGCUGUUCACAGUUUCCUCACUGAAACGAAUAAGGAUGCCCUGGUUUUGAUGUAAUGCUGUAGUUUGUAGUAAUGCAGACAAGAAGCAAGUAUUUAAUUGUCAUUCAUCAAAUGUAAAAUAUGAGGUGAUGUGUGGUACCGAUAAUAUCACCUGCAUACCAAAUUAAAAUAACUCUUCCAUGCAAGCAAGCUGCCUGGCAUUGGACCUGCUGACUACACUGACAAAGUUCUAAUAAGAUAAAAAUUUGAAUUGAGAGGUUUGUUGAGUCUUUAUCGUUCUGUCAGACAGAAAGGUGAAGGAGGUUUUUUUUAUUCAUCAGUAACUUAAGUAUAUCAACACCACCACUCCCCUUACCCUUGUUCAUCUGUGGUUCAGCGGUAGAGUUAUUAAUAUGUGGGGCAUUAUGACAUAAACAUAUGCAGCCAUAUAGCAUGUCCAUCUAAUGUGUUUGUGAAUCGAUGCAUCUUAUUCUUAGUAAAAUCCUGGUAGCAGAGACACAGACAGGUGGAGCUGAGCGCCGAGUGAAACAAAGUUUGUAAAUGGACUGAAAAAUCAAAACGUGUAGAUUUUGGGAUGGUUUCAUGACAGGUAAAAUAGAACAUUAUUAUCUGCGGGCAACUCUUGAGCCACUGAGGUUUGAAAACGACUUACAGCAGACACAGAAGAAGCUUAAAGCAACUAUUUUGUAUUAAGUAUUAAGUUCCUUGUGAAUGUGUGUGUACAUGCAUGCGCGCACACACACACGUACUCAUAUCCACAAAAGUUGUCAUCCAGCAAAAAAAAUAUCUUUGUUAAACAGACUGUUGAGCUGUCCAGACCUCUGCAUGCAGCAGACAGGAGUUCCAUCAAUAAUGAGCGUUAAACCAGAGAUGAGAAUUUCUGUGUCAAUGUCCAAUGCAGAUUAUUUGCAAUAUGUGUAUCAUAAUCAGCAGCCACUCCAUCCAUGUUCAUAUUUAGUAUUGAGAUCAUGUCCCUUUACUUGAUCUCUGAUGUGUGUACUGUAUACAAUGGCACUGCAUGUUUUUACUGGCAACCUACAGUACAUAUACAGUAUAUACAGUAUACUGGAGCCUGUUUACCACAGAACAUUUAUGUGUUCCCAUUUUACAGACCACACGGUACAGCCACAAUUGUCAAUCAUAUCUCCAGUUUAUUUGUGAAAUAUGUUAAAAAGGGUGAAAGAAAAUAAACAUUAUGAAAAGUCAACAUGCCACAGAUGAAAAGAAACUAAGCUGUAUGAUACUAUACUGAAAGUGUAGAGGGCGACCUGUUACUGAGACACUUUCUUAACUUAAGAUCAUCUGUUUGGGUGGAUGUCCCAAAUCAGAUUAAGAUCAGUGACUUUAUUUUCUUCUAUUGUGCUUAAUGUGCCCAAGAAAACAGCAAUAACGGUUCAAAAUGUCAACGCAACAUGCCCAUGUACAGAUUAAAUAGGCCAGUAUUAGUAUUGUGGACCAAACCAGCGCAGUCACACUUUAUUUGGUCCAUGAUUUUUUAGAAUAGUUUCUUCAUUCAUUAUAGAUAAAGAGACUUUACUUGUUUGUGUAACGUAGAGUUGCUGCAUAGCAGGUCAUAUGAACAUUCAAAAGUGAAAAAUUAAAUUCUGUGUGUAAUAAGAGAGUUCUUUCCAGAAAAUGAUCAGGAAAUAACAGACCUGUGAAAUGAGAAUAUUGAAUUUGUAUUUGUAUUUGUUGUUUUUGCACUUUGUCAGCUGAGCGUUUGUUAAAGCGAGAGACACAACAGCAUGAUGAGCUCACAGGAUGUCACAGCUGUAUGAAGACAGAGACAGACAGACAGACAGACAGACAGACAGACAGACAGACAGGAAACAGCUGCAAAAUGCUCUGUGAUGUGAGAAUACACUUUUUAUAACAGCAUGUAGGUUAUAGUAAGUGACUAACCUGUCCCAUAUGAUGAGAUAGUAUGAAGACCAAACUGUUUGCUUUUGUGUGAAUUUUGUAAUUAGGCCGGAGUGAAUCUACAGUACAUUUUUAUAUGUGAGAAAAUAAAUUCAUUCUACAUUUGC